CAAUUCGUGUCAAUAUAAAUAGCUAGAAUUCUCUCGUCAGAUUUCUAGUCAUUCAUUUAGCGUUGCUGUUACAGGUUUUGAACACUAGGUUAAUGGCCACACCUUUCUGUGAUUCUUCCUGUGGCCAGGGCCCGUUUAUCGGCUUUAAAUCAUCCGCUUUACACACACACACACACAGUAGCGUACUGAUCCCAUACAUCCCCGCUCACACACACAUCGUUUAACAGCGUUUGCCCUGCGCGAAAUACCGAGAUAAACGCAUUUAUUCCGCCCGCAGAUAACGGCAUAAAUCUAGCUGUACUUAACGGUGUGCGAUUCGAAAGCUCGCUGGUGCGCGCGCUCUCUCUCUCUCUCGCGCUCCGCUCCUGACGUCAGCGAGAUUGUCUCUGAGAGCGUCGAGCCCAGCAGCGCUCUCUCUCUCUCCACACUGACCCUCCAUUGUGCGCACGCUAACGAUGCCAGCGCUCGCAGCCGCCGCCGCCGCCGCCCAGUAGAGACCUCCCAGCCCGAGGACCGAGCACCACGACCCUGCUACACAGUCCGAGAGCGCGCGCCAGAGACUUAUGUUCCAGCCCAACGUUGUCUUCUACGGGAUUUAAUGCUCUAGCUAGUCGCCGACAGGGAGAGAGAGAGUGAGUGUGUGAGAGAGAGGGAUAAGGAAGAAACACCGAGGAUAUUUCUCACCCGGACCGUUUUGGAGAUAAAAAAGAGCCAAGGUUCAUCUAGCCAUGGGAUGUACACUGAGCGCAGAGGAAAGAGCGGCUCUGGACAGGAGCAAAGCCAUCGAGAAAAACCUCAAAGAAGACGGAAUCACUGCUGCUAAAGAUGUGAAAUUGCUCCUACUAGGGGCUGGGGAAUCUGGGAAAAGUACCAUCGUGAAACAGAUGAAGAUUAUCCACGAGGAUGGUUUCUCUGGUGACGAUGUGAAGCAGUACAAGCCAGUGGUCUUCAGCAACACCAUCCAGUCCCUGGCUGCUAUCGUGCGUGCCAUGGACACACUGGGGCUGGAGUAUGGAGACAAGGAGCGUAAAGCUGAUGCUAAGAUGGUCUGCGAUGUUGUGAGCCGUAUGGAGGAUACCGAGCCCUACUCUCCAGAGCUGUUGUCCGCCAUGAUCCGCCUGUGGUCUGACUCAGGCAUCCAGGAGUGCUUCAGCCGUGCCCGCGAGUAUCAGCUCAAUGACUCCGCCCAAUAUUACUUAGACAGUUUAGAUCGGAUUGGUGCUCCAGACUACCAGCCCACAGAGCAGGACAUUCUGCGAACUCGAGUGAAGACCACUGGGAUUGUAGAAACCCACUUCACCUUCAAGAACCUGCACUUCAGGCUGUUUGAUGUGGGAGGUCAGAGGUCGGAGAGGAAGAAAUGGAUCCAUUGCUUUGAGGACGUGACCGCCAUUAUCUUCUGUGUGGCUCUGAGUGGAUAUGACCAAGUGCUCCAUGAAGACGAGACCACGAACCGCAUGCACGAGUCCUUGAAGCUGUUUGACAGCAUCUGUAACAACAAAUGGUUCACAAACACCUCCAUCAUUCUCUUUCUCAACAAGAAGGACAUAUUUGAGGAGAAAAUUAAGAAAUCUCCCUUAAGUAUCUGCUUCCCAGAGUACACAGGUUCAGACACGUUCAUGGAAGCAGUGGACUACAUUCAGUCUCAGUACGAGAGUAAGAACAAGUCAGUCGAAAAGGAGGUCUACUCGCACACCACCUGUGCCACAGACACAGACAACAUUCAGUUUGUGUUUGACGCUGUCACCGAUGUCAUCAUCGCUAACAACCUGCGCUUCUGUGGCCUUUACUAACCCACACUGAGGCCCAGCUCUUACACAACCCCCAAAUACAGUGGCAACUGUAGUCAGAUAUGACAUUUUGUCUUUGUUUUAUACUUUUAAAUGUCUCCAGUUGUGUCUGUCGGUUCAUUCGUUGGCCUUUUAUAAGGUGAGAACUAACUCAAAUCUCACAGUUCUCACAGAGCUCUUCUUUAAUUUAUGUUCUAAAUUUAAACCAAAGGUCUCAACUCAACUAUUGAUUAUUGAUUUUGGUAAGUUGUUACAAAUACAGGAAUGUGCUUUGAAUGUCCUUCCUGACACCUUCCUGGUGUGUUAGAGAGAGGUCAGGAGAUAUUUUAAAGGGAAAAUUGGUGCCAAACUUCCACUAGUUUCUUCUUUUUGCAGCUGUAGCUGAGCUUGUAAAGUCUGACAUAUUAUUUUGUCCUUAUUACACAGUAUGCCGAUAAAUAAUUCCAGAUUCAAUGAGAUUAUGUGGUGAUAUUUUAAAUCCCCAUGACUAUUUAAGUGGCACUAUAAUGAUGAUCCAUACACAUGCAUUAUUUUCAAAUGAAUGCAUUAUGGAUAUGAAUCUCAGUGAAUAUUCAAAAGCUGGCUCAUAUUACAUGUGUUCUGAGUUGGCAGCAAUCUCAGCGUGUUGAUGAAACACUAGGCUUGACAUUUACUUGGCAUUUAGAAGAGAGUGCAAAUGUCCGAUGCCCUGAGCCAAACCGCCGAAAUGUUAGCCUCUUAGCAUCCUAAAAACAACGGGACGUGUUACUCUUCAAAAUUGGAUUUUGGACCUUUUAAACCAGACACCCAGGACAUUCCAAAGUUUCAAAAUCUGUCUUAUUUGUUUAGCUCAUUGCAUUUUGAGAACAGACAAAGCUGACUGUAACUACAAAGAAAAAGUUAAUAACUAGAUUUGUACCACAUAUAUAUCUGAUCUCUCUCUAUAUACUGUACAUUAAAGUUUGGGGCCAGCAAGAUUUUUUUUUAACACAGCUGCAUCUUUAAUUUGAUCUGAAAAGACAUUAAUAUUCAUAUUUAUAUUUAUUUAACAUUUCUAUUCUAAAAACUUUAUAUAUAAAAUGCAAUAUAUUCCUUUCAUGGGAAUGCUACAAUACAUUUCAUCAUACAUUACUUUAGUCUCCAGUGUCGCAUGAUCCUUCAGAAAUCAUUCUAAUGUGCUGAUGUGGUGAUUAAGAAAUAUUGUUUUAUUAUAUUGCCAAAUGUUCAAAACAGUUUAAUAUUUCUAUGGAAACUAUGACUCGUUUGUUUAGGAUUCUUUGAUGAAUAGAAAUUUAAUAACAGCAGUUACUUCAAAUAGAUUUUUUUGUAAAAAUGUGAUAAUCUUUACUGAUCAAUUGAAUGCAUCAUUGCUCAAGAGAAGUAUUAAUUCUUAAAAAAAAAAAAAAGAUUCUGACCCCAAACUUUUGAACAAUACACACACACACACACACAUAAGAAUCACAUGCACAUAUGCAACAACUGGAGUUAUGUGCUUCAUAUUAGUAUGAUUGAAGUAAUAGAAUCACAGAGCUGUCUAACCAUACACUGUCUGCUGUUUUGUUUGUAGUUGAGUCUAUGUUAUACUAUCCUGCUUGAUUGCUGGUCACAGUGUGCAGUAGUGUUAGUCAUAUCUAGGGGUGGGACUGAAUGUUACAGGUACUGAAUGGACUCUUCGGUCUAAUCAGCUGUAGCUUUCUUUAGAGACGGUAGGCUCACGUGCAUUGCAUUGAACUCAGACCUUGGCCUGCUUUGAGUCUCUUUGAAUGUGAAAAUACAGAUGUGUAAUUGACAGUGAUUCACAGUGCCAUAUGUGCUUUGGAUGUUUGCUGGAAUAUGUGUACACAGUGCUUCUUAAUAUUCACCUCUCCAUAGGAUCACUUUAGUCGAUGUGUGAAUUAUACCACGACUUUCAGGGAAGUGGACUUGAAGCAGAUUUGAAUGUCUGAUGAAAGGAAUUUGUAAUCUCGUGCAACACAAAUUGUAGUUUGGGAGCAGAUGCACUGCAUGACUAAAUUAUCUGAAAGACCCUGUGGAGUCCUGUAUCUUUUUUCUUUUCUCCUUUACCAUUCUUUCAGUGGUUCAAACUUCAUAAUAUGUGACCCUGGACUACAAAACCAGUCAUAAGUAGCACUGGUAUAUUUGUCGCAAUAGCCACCAAUACAUUGUAUGGGUCAAAAUUAUUAUUAUUUUUUUUUAAAUGCCAAAAAUCAUUAGGAUAUUAAGUAAAAAUCAUGUUCUAUGAAGAUAAUUUGUGAAAAUUCCUUCUGUAAAUAUAUUAAAACUUAAUAAAAAAAAAAUGCAUCACUAAGAACUUCCUUUGAACUACUUUAAAGGUGAUUUUCUCCAUAUUUAGAUUUUUCUUUUCUUUAUUUUUUUUUUGCACCCUCAGAUUCUAGUUAUUAAAACAGUUGCAUCUUGGCCAAAAAUUGUCCUAUCCUAACAAACCAUACAUUAAUAAUCGAAUGCUUAUUAAUUCAGCUAUUCAGCUUUUAGGCGAUGUAUAUAUCUCAAUUUUAAAAAGUUGGUCUUUAUGACUGCCAGUUAUGUGUUCUUAUAUGUCAGUACUAAGCCAUUGUUCAGGUCUAUAAAUGGUCAGUUUUUAUAUAUUUAGAGAGCGUAUAUAGCCGUAUAGUGACUUUCAUUGUAGAAGCCAAACAAAGAGUGUUAUGGGAAAGCAGUAUCAUUUUUAGUAAACUCCUUUGACCUUAAUCCCAGUUUGAUGGGCCAUAAAAUUUGGAUUAUGAUUUUAAAGAAUGACGAGUAACGAGACGGCUGGCUAAUGCACGUCAAUUGUCAGCUCAGACACAUGUGUAAUUAGGUCAGUGGCCAAGGUAAAGAAACUCAAGGGUAAUUGAGUCUGUCCGUUGCUGAGGGACAAACGCCAAAUUGUUCCCUGGCUUGUAGCCGCAGUACAAAAAACUGUUGGUGAUGUAUCCAGACUCCUUUCACCAGACUGACUAAUGUGAUAAGUUCAAGCGGUGCGUUUUGCUAAUGUUGAAUCAUUUACUUGAAAUGGUACUUAAAUUUGAAAUUGUGAGUUUCAUCGUAGUGUUUAAUUCAUAUUUGAUGCUGAUUAAAUACAGCAGGACCCGGCAGACAUGCUCUCCCAUCAAACAUAUUACUGUAAUCUCACCGUCCAUCACUUUUUGUUUUUGUCAAACUGCUGUAAUUAUUGUUUGUAUGUGAGUCUCACUGCUGUGAUUAUUUAUUGAACAAUGGAUGUCUAUUUAUAUGACAUGAAUGAAUAAAGUACUCGUGAAACUUGU